GCUUGUAGUUACACUAGUACACCCGAACCGGCAGGUUGCAAACGUCAUUGGCCGGGGAUCCCGGGAGUUACCGGCGGACAGCUACCAGAACUAAGCCGGGAAGAGAGGGAAAUGGCAGAAAGUAUUAUAAUUCGUAUUCAGUCUCCAGACGGAGUUAAGAGGAUUACUGCAAGUAAACGAGAAUCGGCAGCAGCUUUCCUUAAAAAGGUAGCAAAAGAGUUUGGGUUUAGGAAUAAUGGGUUCUCGGUGUAUCUGAACAGAAACCGGACAGGAGAAAUAUCUGCGUCUCAAAACAAGUCGCUUAAUUUACUGAAAAUCAAACAUGGGGACAUGCUGUUCCUGUUCCCUUCAGCCUCCGCCGGACCCUCCAAUGAGGUCAUGGAUAUGUCCGCACAAACGCAGAGCGCUCGGCCUUCAAGUGCUCCCCAGGUGGUCGAAGAUGAAAUUGACCAAUAUCUCAACAAACAGGACGGAAAGAUCUAUAGGAACAGAGAUCCACAGCUGUGUCGACAUGGACCGCUAGGAAAAUGUGUGCACUGCGUCCCCCUAGAGCCUUUCGAUGAGGAUUAUCUGAACCAUCUAGAGCCCCCCGUCAAACACAUGUCCUUCCAUGCCUACAUCAGGAAACUGACAGGCGGUGCAGACAAAGGGAAAUUUGUGGCCUUGGAGAAUAUCAGCUGUAAAAUCAAAUCUGGGUGUGAAGGGCAUCCUCCGUGGCCGGAAGGGAUCUGUACCAAAUGCCAGCCUAGUGCCAUCACUCUCAACAGACAGAAAUACAGGCACGUGGAUAACAUUAUGUUUGAGAACCACACCAUUGCCGACCGCUUCUUAGAUUACUGGCGCAAGACUGGGAACCAGCAUAUUGGCUAUCUGUAUGGACGAUACACUGAGCACAAGGACAUUCCCCUCGGCCUUCGGGCAGAAGUUGCUGCCAUUUAUGAGCCUCCACAGAUUGGAACCGAGAACAGCCUGGAGCUGCUUGAGGAUCCUAAAGCUAAGGUGGUGGAUGAGAUAGCGGCUAAACUCGGGCUUACAAAGGUUGGCUGGAUUUUUACAGACCUGAUGUCAGAAGACACAAGGAAAGGUACUGUCCGGUACAGUAGAAACAAGGACACGUAUUACCUGAGCGCAGAGGAGUGCAUCACGGCCGGCUACUUCCAAAACAAACACCCAAACCUGUGUCGCUUAUCACCAGAGGGGCACUUUGGUUCCAAAUUUGUGACCGUGGUAGCCACAGGAGGACCGGAUAACCAGGUGCACUUUGAGGGUUACCAGGUGUCCAACCAGUGCAUGGCGCUGGUGCGGGAUGAAUGCUUGCUGCCCUGCAGAGACGCUCCAGAGCUGGGAUAUGCCAAGGAGUCCAGCAGUGAGCAGUAUGUGCCUGAUGUCUUCUACAAGGAUAUAGACAAAUUUGGCAAUGAAAUCACCCAGCUUGCUCGGCCACUACCCGUUGAGUAUUUGAUUAUUGAUAUUACAACAACAUUCCCCAAGGAUCCGGUGUACACCUUUUCCACUUCUUCCAACCUGUUCCCCAUCGAAAACAGAGAUGCUCUGGGUGAGACUCAGGACUUCCACAGUUUGGCCAAUUACCUUUCCCAAAACCCAUCUUCAGUUUUCCUUGAGAUCAUCUCUGACUUCCACCUGCUCCUCUUUUUGGUAACCAACGAGGUGAUGCCCCUACAGGACAGUAUCGGCUUGUUACUGGACGCAGUGAGAACCCGGGAUGAAGAGCUGGCUCAGACGUGGAAGAAGUCAGAGCAGUGGGCGACCAUUGAGCAGCUGUGCAGUACUGUUGGUGCAGCACCGGCUGACCUGCAUCCAUAUGGAGCGAUUGGGGGACCCACGCAUGCAGCUUCAUCGGCCAUGUGGUCCUGUCUGCACUGCACCUUCAUGAACCAGGCGGGUACAGACCAGUGUGAGAUGUGCCGGCUUCCCCGGACCUAAGACUAGGUUGAUCGGGGGCAGGCCUCAAAGAUCUCCGUCGGAAAGCUGCCCCUUGCAGAAAGUGUCCAGCAAGUCCCCCGUCCCCUAUCAUGUUGCUUUUAGGGCUGAGUGAGGUGCCCUAGGUGCCGAUUCCGUGGGUAUGAACUUUGCCAAGCAAGUCAAGGGUAGUGUCCAACGCAUCAAAGCUUUAUUCGCCCACAGACAGGGAUACGCUGCAGCUGGCCCUCUCAUGUUUUGGGGUGCUAGCUUAACCCUUUGCACUUGUAUUACUUCACAGCACUGUCUGCGUUUUGCAGUGACAAAAAAAAAAUUAUAGCUGGAACAUACCCCUCGAUUCUAAUGAGUCUAGCUUUGUGUUUUAUUAUCCAUGCAAAAUCACAUCUCCCCAAGAGCAAUAAAUGUUUCCACUUCCAGAAA